AUGGCGACGUCAGUUGCUCAUUUACGUGAAAUCGGCGGGCCACAGAAGAGGCUGUCUGCGUCGGCCGCAGAGCAAGUCGGGAAAUGAUUUUAAACCGGAGGGCGUGGAGUGCGCGGAGUUGCGCCUUUGCGAAGGGAGUCUGUGGGUCUACUUUUGAUCAUAGGAGGGCUUCCGAGAAGGGGCUUCGGGGCACCUUGUCUUUCGUGGGCAGACGCUAGCUCCGGAGGAGUGAGGGUCGCAGAGCCGGGCCUCUAGGGAAGCGGAACUGUCUCUCCCGAGUGAAGUCGCCGUGUUGCCCGCGUCUGAGGGGGCCAAGGUUCCCUCGCUGGCCUCGAUGUCUCUUCUGAAUUCACCAGGGAUUGCUUCGGUUCUCUCUUAGCAGUCAUUUUGGCCUUUGGCCGCUUUCUUUUUUCUUUUUUUUCCCCCUAAAACAAAAACAAAAAACCAAAAGAUAUCUUCUCGACGUAGUGUUGGAGCCAGACUUGAAGCAUGAUUCGUGAAUCCGGAAUGGAUGACAGCAUCAUCACGACAUCUUUUUGACCAUGGAUCCUUAUGACUCACGAGGACCAACUCCUAGACGAGGUCCCUCAAAUCUUAAAGAUUACUUUGUAGGUGCCACCCCUCUGCAGAAACGACUGGAAUCCAUCAGGAGGCAGAGUUCGUUUUUUCCCAGUCCACCUCGAAGGAAAGUUCCCCAAUGUUCACAGUUUCAGGAAGAAAUCGAUCCUCAGAAGGUUGCGUUUCUCCUCCAUAAACAAUGGACUGUAUAUAGUUUAACUCCCCUGUAUAAAUUCUCCUAUACUAAUCUCAAAGAAUAUUCUAGACUUCUAAGUGCAUUUAUUGCUGCUGAAAAGCAAAAAGGACUUGCUGUGGAAGUGGGAGAAGACUUCAACGUCAAAGUGAUUUUUUCCACUCUAUUUGGAGUGAAAGGAACACAAAGGGACCCUGAAGCAUUUCUUGUGCAGAUUAUCUCCAAUUCCCAGUCAUCACGUGAGCACAGAGAAGGUAAAGUGUUGUGGACUGGUUGGUUCUGCUGUGUAUUUGGAGAGAGUCUUCUGGAGACUGUUUCCGAAGACUUCACCUGUCUACCCUUAUUCCUUGCAAAUGGAGCAGAGUCCAAUACAUCUCUAAUCGGAGGCUGGUUUCAGAAGACCUUUGACUGUUGCUUCAGUCCUUUAGCAAUCAGUGCAUUUAAUCUUUCCUGGAUGGCUGCCAUGUGGACUGCAUGCAAAAUGGACCAUUACGUGGCUAGUACAGAAUUGUUUUGGUCUGUGCCCUGUAGCCCUCAAAGCUUGGAUAUUUCUUAUGCAAUUCAUCCAGAGGAUGCAAAAGCUUUAUGGGACAGUGUCCACAAAACACCUGGGGAGGUUACCCAGGAGGAGGUUGAUUUAUUUAUGGACUGCCUUUACUCGCACUUCCAUAGGCAUUUCAAAAUUCACUUGUCAGCCACCAGACUGGUUCGUGUCUCGACGGCGGUAGCUUCAGCCCACACUGAUGGAAAACUAAAGAUUCUGUGUCAUAAAUAUCUUAUUGGUGUGUUGGCAUAUAUGACAGAACUGGCAAUUUUUCAAAUUGAGUGACUUCUUGUAUGGACUGCACCUAUAAACUCUUUCAAUUAUUUUCUGAGUUGCUAUUCCAAGUGGGGCAGUGGAAGAAAUGUGGCACCUAUUUUCUCAUGGUGCCUUUGGAGUUUUCCAGGUGGAUCUAGAACACAGCGGUGGUAGUGGGUGAGCCAUGUUCAUGUGCUCAUGUACCCAUCAUAUCACUGUGUCAUGUGUAAUGCCAUAGAAGAUGAUGAGUUGUUAACAUAAAACUAUCUAACUUAGUCAAAUAAACAUAACUAAAAUCUGGUGUUUCUGAUUUAGGU